AUGAUCUUCGAGGCCUACGUGUGGGACGCGCAGAUACUGAACGUCAUCUCCGGCCCGGCGUUCGUCAUCCCCUUCGAGAUUCAGCAGAUCCGCACCUCCAAGUCGGUGCUCAACUCCAUCCUCGCCAUGAAGCGGCAGAAGGAGCAGCUCCAGAAGGAGCGCCGGGAGCGCGAGGAAAAGGAGCGACAGCGCGCGGCCGCCGCCCAGGCCGCUGCGGUUGCGACGGCGGCGACGGCGACGGCGGUCGAAAUAUCGACUUUGCCGACGGCGACGACGACGACGAUGGUGGACGUCGAUGGGGUGUCGCGUCAGCAGGUGGACGACGUGUACGGGGUGGUGGAGGAGUACGAUCAGCAGCAGCAGCAGCAGCUCAUGCAGCAGCAGCCGGAAGAGGAGAAGCUGUCGGCGGAGCAGCAGCUGCUGGUGCAGCUCGCGAGCGACCACUCGCUGUGCGCCUCGCGCAGGGAACUGCGGAAGAGCGACAAUUCGUCGAUGGGACUCUACCACGACUACCAGGAGAUGACGGAUUUGCUGAAGUCGAUUGGGGAACGGAAUCCCGAUAUCGCCAAGCUCCGCAGCAUCGGACGAUCUCUCAACGACCGGCACCUCUGGGUGAUGGAGAUCUCCGACAAUGUAGGCAACAACGAGCCUGGCGAACCCGACAUCAAGUACAUCGGCAACAUGCACGGCGACGAGACUGUGGGUCGCGAGAUACUGAUCAGGCUCAUCGUGCACCUCACCGACGAGUACCGGAACAACAACACGCGGGUGAUCGAUUUGGUGGACAACACGCGCAUAUUCAUCAUGCCCAGCAUGAACCCCGACGGCUUCGAGCUCGGCAUCCGCGGUAACGCCCGCGGUGUCGACCUCAACCGUGAUUUUCCGGAUCGAUUCCGGGACACGAAGGGGAGUCUGUCGGGCCGUCAGCCGGAGACGGCGGCCAUCAUGCGGUGGUCCAACGACUACGACUUUGUUCUGUCGGCCAACAUGCACGGCGGCUCCCUGGUCGCCAACUACCCCUGGGACGCCGACGGCAGGCACGUGUCCGAGUACGAUAUGCCGAGGUACUCUGCGGCGCCCGAUGACAAGCUGUUCCGGCACCUGGCGACGACCUACGCCAACUCGCAUACCACCAUGCACAGCUCCAUCGAAUUCCCCAACGGAAUCACCAAUGGCGCGCAUGAUUGGAACUACGCGUGGCACGGCGACUGCGAUCUGACGCUGGAGCUGGGCGACGAGAAGUGUCCGCUCGACAGCCAACUCGAGCGCUACUGGACCGAAAACCAGGAGGCCCUCCUCACCUACAUGGAACAGGUGCACAAGCUGGGCGUGCGCGGCUUCGUGCACGACGUGGUGGGGCGGCCGAUCCGGGCCACGGUGCGGGUGGUGGGCCUGCCCAACAUCACAGUCUACUCGGACGAGGACCACGGCGACUACUACCGCCUCCUCAUGCCGGGCCACUACCAGGUCUGGGCCUACGCCAACGGCAAGCGCUCCGCCGUGCAGGACAUCCACGUCCAGACCGGCCAAGUCACCCACCUGAAUUUGACGGUGUGGAUCAAGGACGACGGGUCGCAGCCGCUGGUGCCGGACAAGGGCGGCGGCGGCGGCGGCGGUGGUACGACGCCGAUUCCGGACAAGCAGCACAGCGAGGAGGACCCGACGCAGCUGAUCCUGCUGUCGCUGGCCAUCUUCACCGCCCUGUCGGUCGUCCUCUCGCUCGUGGUCUACGGCGCCUUCAAGUACAAGAAGAAGAUCGCGGCCAGCAUCAAAUGCGGCCACAUCUGGCACCGCCUCAAGUUUACGGGGCGGCCGUUCCAGGACGAAGUGGAGCUGGUGGGCGUGGAGACCAACCGCCGAUUUUCGCUGCUCAGCGAUGACGAAGAGGACAACGGCGACAACACCCCCGAUGACGACGAUGAAGUGGCGGUGGACGACCGGUCCCUUACGGAACGAUAG